GUGGGUUGUGUCGCUUGGCAGCGGUUGCGAACAGCUCGGGCCAUGCCACGAGUAGAUCACUGAAGGCAAACACCGUGGCAUGGAUGAUGGCAUUGAUGAUGGACGCGAAGUCGGAAAGAAUGAAUCUUGCAAAACAGAAAUCGUCCAGCAGGGGCAGCACUGGUCUCUUUGCUUUGCGGCAAGCAGGGAGCAACGUUGACUUGCGGCGUUCCCGCAUCACGACGUCGACUGCUCUUAUUCUGAGACAGCGUCAGCCCAGGAGGCUACACUCGGCUACAGCCAGACAAGGACGGUGAUAUCAUUACAAGUCCCUGUUUCUUCUUUGGCCCUUCUGGACCAGCAGCUCUCCCAUGUUGAACGCAGCCGCUAGAGGAGACUAAAUACAAGCCCUGUUGGACUGUUUCCGAUAUCGUUGGCGGAAAGGUAACCGGUUUGCGUAGAUCUACGCUGGAGACAUUUUUUGAGCAGCCUUGUUUCGUGAUCACCACUUGCAUCGACCUCGAUUCACUAGAGUCUGCAGCACCAACCAAGUGGUUAGUUCGGUAGAGCUGGGUGUUGCUAGUCUACUAGCAUUCAGCCUAAGGCAGCGGCUUGCUAGAGGAGUCGAUGAUGGAAGACGGCGGCGGUGUUGGUGACGUCCACUAUCGCUUCACGCCUGUGGCUGGCGGCGAGAAGCUGGAGUUUCUCGACAAGGACACGCUGCAAAACCUCGAACAAUGGGGUAUGCUUGGGGGACUGCGACGCCAUCGCUUUGCCUACACGGGCAAAUUUGAGACCUACAAGGCGCAGGACUAUUUUACGGAGAUGGUGAACAGCCGUGAUGUCCAGUACGCACUGCAGGUGAUGUCGGGUGCAUCGUCCGGAUUCUGUCGGCUUUCAUCCCUGGGCUGCCAGGAUGCCAUGCAUGUUGCAGUCAAAGAGCUCUCGGCCACAGUGACGGAUUUGACCUUCUUCGACAGGAUAGCGGAUACCGAUACAGGUCAGUGUCUGAUCUCGCCGUCUGGUACGUUCAAGCAGCCAAACAUAUUCGAUCGCAUGCCAGAUGACCCCGAUAGCUUUGAUCUGGUUAGAAUGAUGCUGGCAUGCGAUCACUCACCUCACAAGGAUCUUUACUCUAUGCCAGAACGCCAGGAGCUCAUCUUCAGAAUCUUCUACCACUUAGUGCUGGGUGGUGCCAUCUGUCAGUACGACGAAUCACUGCAACGCUACAUGUCGACCACGGCCGCCAUAUAUGGCAAGCUUGUAACGCCAUACAAAAAUCCUGACAGUCAAGACCAGCGUAUUCUGCUGCGAGCACACGCUUUUGAGCUGUGUGUCAAGGCAAGUGCUGAUGAUGGACAGUGCAUACUGCCUGGGACAGCGCCAGCUGCAGAUUCGUUGACACUGGACUUGUCCGACGGUGGUGGCACGGUUUCAUCGCCCAGCUUUGCGUAUGCGAUCGUCGAGCCGCUCCGCAAGCAGGUCACGGUUUUCAGUUUCGACCGACGGGCCGGCUCCUGGAAUGACGAAUAGGUGGCUGCUACGGCGCGCUGUCGUGUCAUGAUAGGCCUGCUAUCCGCUCUCACGCACACGCUGCGGAUACGCAGUGUCACCGCUCUCGCACACACACACACACUACGGAUUUGCAGGGACACUCUGAAUGGCACACAUGCAUCAUUCUCCUGCCAUUCGGUUCCACAGGGCAGGUCCCAUCACAACAGUACACACGGUGACACCAGCUCUGUAUGCAACGUCAACUGUGAGGUCAUACUAACAUAUCUACCAGAGCUACUUGUACCUGCCGAAUAUGGGCCUGCCAAUAAGUGGACGGCCAUAUUUGAUGCAUGCCUCCCGCCACUGAUUGGAUGCGCGUGCAUGUGUGUGUGUGUGUGUGUGUGUGUGUGUGUGUGUGUGUGUUUACUGAGCAGCUGAGUCAUAACAUUUUCAUGUAGCAUUAUGCCUAGUAGAAUCAUGUGAUUGUGAACUGUUCAUAUGCUCAAUGUGCUCAGUGCUCUGUAGCUCAUAUCGUGGCGGGGAAUACCCAAACUCCAAAAUCAA